GAACGAUGGUCGAGGCUUUUGCCUGGCUCUGAGCAAUAUGGUUUGGUAGUAGCUGUUGUCGACAAUGGCUUCUAGUAGAACCAUGCGACCACUCUCUUGCGAUGCGACUCAGACCACCUCUCGUCAAGAUGGACGUUGACUCCUGUCAUAGUCCCACUCCAUGCUCGCAUUCGACUCAGACUGACAUCUGAGUCGAGCGUCAGAUCCCAAAUGUUUGGAGCCUCCUUCCUAGCUGCAUUGCUCAAUUGACCAUGCUUCGAACACUGACCUUCAUCUCGUUCUCGCUGCUACCACCUGCAGUGUGUGCAAGCGGCCUCGCAGCCAUCUUCUCCAAGGCACGCUUCCUCGAGCUGUUUCCCCAGGCGCUGCCCGUGUACCAGUACGAGAACCUCGUGCUCAUGGCGGCCACGUACCCGAAGUUUGCCAACACUGGCAAUGACGCCGUUGACAAGCGGGAGGUCGCGGCCUUUCUCGGGCAAGUCGCUUUGGAGACGGGGUAUCUGCAGUACGCGGAAGAGAUCGCCAAGAACGACUACUGCCAAGCGUCAACCGCGUAUCCGUGCUACCCAGGAAAGCAGUAUUACGGUCGCGGUGCCAUCCAGCUCUCGUGGAACUACAACUACAAGGACUUUGGCGCUGCAGUGGGACUCGAUCUGUUGGCCCAGCCAGAGCUCGUGGCCUCCGACAAGAACCUCGUGUGGCGCAGCGCGCUCUGGUACUGGAACACGGACAAGUGGAACGGCAACAUUCACAACGUGGUCGGGCAGCCGGGCGGCUUUGCCUACACGACGUACAUCAUCAACGGCGGCCUCGAGUGCGGACUCAACCCGCCCAACAAGGACUCGGAGAAAGCGCGCAUCGCCAACUACAUCAAGUUUUGUUCGGUGCUUGGAGUCUCGCCGGGCGACAACCUCUCGUGCCAAACCAGCGCGUACCCACCAAAGACACCGUGGCCAACGCCGGGGCCAACGCCCACGCCAACACAGGGACCCUCGACAGUUCCAACUUUAGCUCCGACGACGCCAUCACCGACAUCAACUGCUGCGCCGACGCCGGCACCGACGUCAACGACAGCACCGGCGCCGACGACGCCGGCGCCACCUGCCACGACGCGCCCGCCGUCGACCACGUGCACAACACCCACCGGCGUCUGCACCAACUGCAUCUACAACGAUGGCGCGAUUGCAGCCUGCUUUGCGGGGUGGACGCAGUCGAUCUGUGCGAGUGCGGGCGCCAACUAUCAUUGGUGCGGCCUUGCUUGAUUGCGAAGUGCAGUUGUUUCUCGACUUACUUAGGUUAAGAAAUAUAUAUUGUA